AUGAGGAUACCCUAAUGCAAAAAAGUAUCCAUCUCAUUCUCAUGUGCCAAAUACUCCGGGGCGGAUAAUAAGGAGAACUAAUAACCAGAGCCUUCUCCCUCCCUCUCUCGGAUUUUCAUAUGGCUGGAAAAUCCGGCGCGGCAACCUAUUCUCCGUUUCCGUCCCACAGAAAGCCGACGAAAGAAUCCAGCCCCUUCGGAGACGAAUGGGUGCGUUCUGACGGUCGCCACUUCUACAGGUGCCGCGAUGCAUUGCUAAACACUGGUGCAGUGAAAGCAGCAUCAGGAUCUGCUUAUGCAGAAUUUGGGAAUACGAAGGUCAUUGUUUCAGUAUUUGGGCCAAGGGAGAGUAAGAAAGCAAUGAUGUACAGUGAUACAGGGAGGUUGAAUUGUAAUGUUUCUUAUGCAACUUUUGCCACACCGGUUCGUGGGCAGUUGUCAGCAGAAAAUAAAGAGUUGUCCCCAAUGCUGCAUAAAGCUUUAGAAGGGGCCAUUAUCCUCGAUUCAUUUCCAAAGACCACUGUAGAUGUUUUUGCUUUGGUCUUGGAAUCUGGUGGCAGCGAUCUUCCCGUUAUUAUAACAUGUGCUAGCCUAGCAUUAGCUGAUGCGGGGAUUUUGCUGUAUGAUUUGGUUGCCGCAGUUUCUGUGAUGAUGAUGGUAUUAUUAUCAUUUUCACAUAUAGUCUUGUAUCGGGAAAAACCUUCUCAUAGAUCCAACUUCAGAAGAGGAGAGCAUACAAGAUGGAAGCCUAAUGAUGGCAUGUAUGGCAUCACGCAAGGAGCUCACUCAGUUGACCCUCACUGGGGAGUGGUCCACGCCAAAGAUUAAUGAAGCAAUGGAGCUAUGCAUAGAUGCUUGUUCAAAACUAGGGAAUAACAUGAGAACUGCUUGUUUGCCGCAAAGUGGCGUUUCCGAUUAGCCAGUCCAAGUAAUAGGGACUAUAUGGUAUGCGGAUUGAAGUGCCCCUUUUCUUUCCUCAAGUAUUUUCAUGCAACUUCUAUUUCCAUAGCAGCAGUGUUAACUACUUUCAUGAGUUACAUACCUGGCAACAGUGAUCACUAUUUUUCAUAUUUAUUUGGGAUAUGGUGCUCUUGUUGGCUUAAAAGGCAGUUUAAUUGAAUGAAUUUGCAUUAGUUCAGUUAGUCCAUGUUCACAUUUUCUGAUUCUUGGAAGGUAAAAAUGAAGUUCUGAAAAGAAAAAUGAAAAAGAGUUGUUUUCAGUUUUGUGUGUUUUUUUCCCUAUUUCAUACUCUGUAUACUACUUCUUAUCCAAGUAAAUGAAAUUAUGUAAUUGAUAUUGAAUUGUAAUUCCUUCUGUCCAUUACAAGUUUGUCAUCUUCGAU